AAGUCUUGGUCUCCUCCUCAUCUUGUCUCGCAAAUGAAGCUACUAGGCAUAUUGAUUCUACAAUGUGGUUUAAGAUUUGGGGUGGUAUGGGGGGUAUUCAAAUUAAUCUAAACAAAUGAUGUUGUAGUUCUCAGUUGCUGCAGCAUGCGCCACUUCCUGACCUUUGAAAGAUAUGACAUCUGCUGCCACUGCAUUGCUACAUUCAUGGUUCGCUGCCUCAGCAUCGUACCUAGUGUAGAACCGUGUUUCCUGUUUAACAGAAUCACACUUGUUGACUUGACUACGUUUUAAGGAUUUAAAGUGGAUUGAAAAUGUUUCUUCUUCUGUGUUGCUGGAUUCUUUCAGGAGUCAUGGCAGAAGUCCCAGACGUGACACAUUACCAACUGAAAAACAGCACACUAUGUCUACAUGUUAGAACACCACCACCAUAUAAUGGUGGUAAAUGGACCUUUGCUAGAAAAACUAUUGCAUAUGAUAAAACCAUCAACCCCAGCUACAAAGAGAAAGUGGAUUACAAACCUGAAAAUCUCUCUUUGUGUAUUAAAGAUCUAAAUGACACAGACACUGGCAACUAUACAGUCACAUUCAGUGACUCUGAAUUUAAUGACGUAUCAGAACGACACAGAGUCAUUGUUCAAGAACUUGUUCCUAGACCUGCUGUCAAAAUAUCAGUGCUGCGCUCCAACCUGUCUGCUGGAUUGUGCAGUAUCUCAGUCAACUGCUCCAUCCAGGAUGACUGGAUGUGGUCUGUCUGUGAUGAGGACAGCUGCAGAACAUUUCAGAGGUCAUUCAGUAAGGUCACCAUCACCAUCUCCACUGACAACCAAACUGUUGUCUGCAGCGGCAGCAACCAUGUUAGCACAAAUAAUGUGUCUGAAAGCACGAGGACAACAUGCUUCAGUAAAUCUGAUCCUGAAAACAAAGAGGAAUCAGAGCCGCCCCUGGUGAUAAUAAUAUUUCUUGCAGUGUGUAUCUCGCUGUGUGUAUUUUCUGCCUGUAUGGCAAAGAAGUGUUUUUCUAGAAAAUGUGAUUGCCAUCAGGUAAGCUGCAUUUACUCACUUAUUGAUAUUUGUCAUGUCGUUUUAUGAAUGUUAAAUUGGAACAAUUUGAUGACAGAAAGGUGUAGUGCUUUUUAUGCAGAUAUGAUAAAAUCUGAAUCAUACAAUUUAACAAAGAUGUGGAAUUGAUUUUGAAAAACUGAAAACAUUUCUUAUUUCCAGGGACAAGCAUCAACUCAUUUAAUACAAAGUCAGCCAGAUGAGGUACAGCCACAUCCUGAACCUAGAGUUUCUACUUCAUCUUCCAGUCCAGCUGAGCCUGCUUACGAAAACGUGGAUCCCUCACAGCCCAGCUGGACCCACGGUCCAGGAGAGCAACUGGGGGCUAUGUCAAGUCAGACAGUAGAUACUGUCUACAGCGUUUUACAGGCAACAAAUGUGGCCGCUUCUCUUGGCAAGAGUGAUACGAGAAGACAAGAGGCAUCCACCUCACAGUCUGUCAUCAGUGAGGCAGAGCACCCGUGCAAAUUGACACCGUGUACAGUGUGUUGCAAAAGCCAAAAAAUAUGAAGUCACAGCACCACCAAGAGGUUGGACAAGAUUUUCAGAGGAGAUGAACAUUGUGAGAGAAGCAUGUUAAAUGGACACUCAUGUAAUAUUUACCUUCUUUAAACUGGAGGAUAAAUCUUUAUAGGUGUUGAUACUCAUUUAAAAUUUGUAGAAAAUAUGUGUUUUCUUUAAAAAUAACAUUUAUUCAUCACUUCCUGUGCUGUGUUCAUUGCAAGAAGAUUUAUCAAAUGAAGCAAUGAAUCACUCAUCUGAAGUGAACUUGUCCUUCAUGAAUGACCCAUCACAAAACAUCAGGUGCUGUAACAUCCAGUGUUGUCAAUGGCAGCAUCAGUAAGCUACAGACUGUCAGCUGAAAUAUGAGAGUUUCUACUUUCCCUUAGAUAUUUCACAGAUGUGUAACUGCUUGCAAUGCAAACCAAACAUUAAGUCUGAUUAGGGGGAAAAACAGGAAGCAGAAAUGUAGUAUUUCAUGACAUGCAUAUAAAGCAGGGAACAAGGGCUUAACUGGGUCACUAGAAUCUGAAAUUGAUGAUGUGGUGGUCCUGGUUACUACCUAAUACAACUUACUGCUGUGUCUUUCUUUGUAAAACAUCUUCUUUUUUUUAACUCUGAGGUUUAGGUCUAUAAAUUGCUUGGUUUUUGCAACAGUUCACUGAACAGUUAAAUGAACAUGUCUACUGUUUUCCAGACUAAUGAAAGGUAUAUUUGACCUUGAAGACAGUGUAACCUUUAAGUUUACAACAAAAUAAGAUGUCUUAGUUUGAGCAGUUUACAAGUAAAUGUUUGUGUGGGUAGUGGCACAGAAUAUUUAUACUGAUUGAGGUCUAUGAUAAGCAUGACACAGGGGUUAUCUGUGGUCAUUAAGUCAGCACUGAUACAGAUUUGCUUCUGGAGGGUUUCAUAACCCAGUUCCACUCUGUGUUGUUUGGUUUGGGAUGCACUUACUGUGGCAGACCCUCCAUGUGAACAUGCAAACUGAGUGGACGUGGCCAGGGAGAAGAUGUAAGGGCUGGUUUGAGAAAGGGCCCUGGUCUGCGGUGUCCUUGCUGGCCUGGCUUCCUGUUUGCUGUGAGGCUCUGAUGUCUUCACCUGGGAAAACGUCACACUCUAUAAAGUUAAAUCUCCGUGUGAACCUCCUUUAGUUGCAGCCUGAACAAGCUGGUCAUAACAUAACAUAACUAUUUUGUGUCACUGCUUUUCAAAGGAAGAGCUCUGAUGAAGCAGCAGUAGUAGAUAUUAGGAUACUUCAUUUUUCUGCCUAGACCCUUGUUGCUUUGAUUUGUUGAAUUUUACUGUAGUAAUUUCCUGUUCAACUGUUCUGACUGGGGAGUGACAUAAAGCACCCACAGCUUACAAGAUAAUCGUACAGUUCAACAGCAUUAACAUCACUGUAUAAAUUACAUAUCAAUUACAUUCUUUUACAUAGAAAUUUUAUUAGUAAUCCAGUACUCUGGUCAAUUCUACCUUUUAAACUUGUAUUUAAAUGAACAUUAUCAACCCACAGAAUAGCAUGCACUAGUGCAAAUCACAUUUAUGUAAUUCAGUCAAUAUACUGUGCCGUAUUUGUUAGACCCAAGCACACUGUGCAGUUGAAAUAGAAACUUAUUCCAUAAAUGACCACAGGGGGGUGUCAAACUACUCUAACUGACAUAAACACAAGUCUGGGACUGUGGCCCUGUGACAGCAUGCCAUCACAUAUCUAACGAGAUGACUAAUGAGCCACAUUCUUAAAAAGGUGUAUAAUUAUUAACUUUCUGAACUUUUUUUGAACUAGUCAUAUUCUUUGAGUUUUUCAAAGCUAAAUUCCUGUAGCUAAGGGAGACUCUGUUUGUCAUGACUGCAAACUAACAGUUAGUUUCCAAUGUGGUUUUCUAUAAAAAAGACAGACUCAUUCUGUGUGGAACCAGAGGGGAACUGAAUAUCUCUGCGGUGUCAAAGUCAGACAAAGGACUUCUGCAAGUGUUAAUGUUUAGCAAAAUGCAAAAAUGUAAAGCAAUAUCCUUCUUUACGAUGGUCAUUUUGGGACAUCCCAGAGUCAGUUCUGCAUUGUCUGACAUUGUUCAGUUCCUGGAAGUGGUUUGUUCCAACUGCUCGCUGUUGCACUGAUGAAUGGCACUGGUUGGUCUAGCUUCAAUCAAAAAUACUGGGGCUUUCCAUAUUGACCACCUAACCUUAAAUAUAAUGCUAUUUAAAGCAUCACUGAUUGUUAAAAGAUUGAAAGGCUAUUGUUUGGACAGGUGAUACUUGGUUUGUCUAAGUGAACUAAGAUUAAGACCUCGCCUUUAUUUUUACUGAUCUGUGGGUUCUUGUGUCAAAAAUAAGACGUGGUCAGCGUUGUUAGAAUCACAAAACAGUAGUUGCUGUUGUCAUGUAAUAUUUUGAAUAAUUUAUUGACGUUUCAGUAAGUUAGUUCCUGUCCCUAAUUAUUCAUUCAGCUACAGGCUGAAUCUAUCUGCACCAUCUCUUUACUGAAAACAAAUGAGCAUUAGUUUUACUUGGAGCUGCAGCACUGAAAAUGAGGAAAUAGUCUUCAGCUCAGUGUGUGCUGUCAGUCAGAUGAGAGUUUCACACCUGCUUUACUGCAUGAACCAGACAGAGCAGAGGUGAUAGUGGGUGAUAGUGUUCAAGAUGCAGAACAGAGCAGGAACUUCUAUGUUAAAUUUUUUUACCUUUCUGGCUUUGUUUGUUUUCUUCCCUUAUAUUUCAGACUGAGAAAUAAAUAUUGAUCUUCUACAUCCUGAACGUCACCACCAGUCACUGUUGUAUUCAAACACAAUAUUGUGCUUAACUUGUUAUAUUGUCUGUUUAUAUACAUCGCACUUGACCACACUGCACAUCCUGUACAGUAUGAGACAAUUCUGCUUUUCUGCUCAUAAACACAUUAGCUCUGGUGUGAACAUGGUGAUGUCACUGUCUAAUUCCUGCUACCACAACAUCUUUAUGUUUGAAGAGGAACUUUUUUUUUCACCCACUGUGAUAAGCAGUCACUCUGUUUGUAGCUUGCCCGUUGUUGCAAAGUAAACUUUAUAGCAACAGGAGCAAAACAGAAACAGUUGAUUUGUUUUUCCAACUGUGCUUUUAGUUUAUAAAGAUGUGCAGCAACAAAUGCAACUGAAAUAGCAAAUAUCUUUACGUCAUCUUCCAAGGUUGCAGCACACAGACCACAUAAAGCACCAAAAAUAAAAAGAUGGAAAACACUGAGAAACACAUACAGUACACACUGUAGCAUUGUGUAAGAUGACACACAGCAGCUAGCAUCUGUUUCACUUGCAUGUGUGGAUGUAGUUGGUUUUCAGGAGCCAACAUUCUAGUUUGUACAGGGGGGCAGGUCUCUGACUCUGUAGCAGUACAUGUGACUCUGUGGUUAGAAGCAUGAAUGUUAACAUUUCAAACUACAUUCAUGCUUCUGCAGAGUGAAUGGGAGCUUUUAUCCAGCACCUGUGUGCAUAUCUGCUGUCCAUAGAUCAGAUGCACAUUUUAACUGACCGUAUGAAAAAAAUCACAUAAUCUUGAUUUAAACCCUGCUGCUGUCAAUACAAACAUUGCAGUCACUGGUGGUUUUUCAUGAUUUGGUAUUUUGUCACAUUUAAACAGCUCAUUUUCAAAGCUGCACAGCCUGAGUGCAAGAAAAACUUUAUCGUUCAGGAUUCAGGUCCAGUCCUGCACCCUUUCUAACUUAUUAAUGUACACUGAGUAAAUAUGUCCUAUUUCAUUCUAAUAUGAAUCAUAGUGAGCCUGAGUUUGUCUUUGCGAAGGUGAAGCAUUGCUGUGUUAAUUCUGGUUCCCACACAGUGGUUGACACAGCCCAGGAUGCUUCUUAACCACAAGACCACCACACACCCCCAGCCACUGGGUUUUAGCAGACUGUUAAAGUCUCAUGGUAACAGUGGUUGUUGAAUAUCAACAGGAUAGUGCUUUCAUUCAGUUGGUUUUACUCUCUACUGAAAAAUCAACUGUAUUACUGAUACUAAUGGUAAAACAGGCAGGCUGGAAAAAUGGGUUAGGACUUUAGAUCUUGACUGUAUAAAGCUCCAAGUAAAAGAAAGAAAUAAUAUCAUGUUGUCUUUUCUGUUGCUUAGUUCUGUUUUAUGAAACAAGCUGAGAAGAUCCACAGACACCAGGUCGAAACAUUUCUCAGAAGCGGAGCAGCAGAGUGACAGUGACAGUGUCAGUGCUGGAUGUGAAGAUGGGGCACACUUUGCUCUGUGUGCUCUCAUUAUUCUUGCUGAACACACUCCUCUACGGAAACACUCAAGGACAGAGUAGAGACCCAGCAGAGGGCGCUGAUGAGUCUGAUGUGGAGAAAGGAGCAUCCACAGGACCCAAACCCACUCUAACAGCAUCCAGCACAGUUAUACCAGAAGGGGGCAGCAUCAUACUGACCUGCUCUGUGAAGGACUCUGCUGGUUUAAGAUAUGAGUUGUACAGACGUUCCUCAAACACCAAUGAAUAUCAGCCCGUUGAACAUGAAGAAUCAAGAAGUGUUUUCAGUGUUUCACAGGGAGGCAUUUACAUCUGCAGAGCUCAGAAACCAGGAACAAAUGACACAUAUGAGAGUGAACCAGUCACCAUUCAGGAAACUGUUCCUGUCACUGUGACUCUACAACCCAACUGGCCUCUGAUAUACAGAGGUGAGACGAUCACUGUCAGAUGUGAGAUCCAGGGAGGUGGAGACACUGAGUGGACGUAUGAAUGGAGACCAGCCAAGUUAAACAAACCUCCAUCACACAAUGAAUACAGGAACAACAGAGCUACUGUGUCUGACAGUGGAGACUACAGGUGUAAGGCUAGAAGUGAAUAUUUCCUAACAGAGUGGAGUGAUAAAGUGAGACUGACAGUAUCACCCAAUAAACCCAGACCCACACUGAGAGCAGACACAAAGACCAUAUCAAUAUGGAGCAGUGUGACACUGACCUGCUCUGUGGACGGCUCUGCUGACUGGAAAUACUACUGGUUCAGACGAUCCUCUGACUCUUCUGAAGCUCAGGUCAUAAAUGGUAUUAGAUCAGACCACACUACCAGGAUUUCAGAAGGAGGCAUCUACACAUGCAGAGGAGGGAGAGGAAAACCAGAGUUCUUCACAGAAGAAAGCAGUAAAGUCACCAUUCAGAAAACUGUCCAACAUGUUUUAACCAAGCAGCUUUGUCCUGUGUCAGUCUAG